UUGGGCUUCUAUUGCAGCGUCAGUCGCGUGCCUCAGUUGAAGAGGGCGCUGGACUCUUUCUCUGGUUGAAUGGAUGUUCGUGUUGCUAUGUGCGCCCGCCAGAGAGGAUCGCAGGACUCGUGAGGACAAGCGCACUCUCUCAUCUCAUGGCGAUGAAGGCGCCGACGAUUGCAUUGCUGGCUACGACUCUUCAGCUGGGGGUACUCUGCACCUCCACCUCGCUUGCUGGAGACGCAGAGCCCGGGCUUGGCUACACCGAUCUUGCCGAGGUGGUUGCUGACUUUUGCAAGGGAACUUUCGAAAUUACCCUCCUCUACGACGACAAUGGAGUUAGCGUGGCAGCGGCCUUUCUCCGGAUGCUUCAUGCCUCCCAGUGCGUUGCCAAUGUUGUCGACCUGUCUGGUGGGCGUUGGAACAAGCUUACAGGCAACCAGACCUUCGAGUGGACGCGUGAUGCUCAGCGCAAGUUCAAGAUCUUGCUGGCCAAUGUGUCCCACGAGAAUGUCGACAGGCUGCUCCAGCCAUUGUCUCCCUUAAAAGCACAGAUUGGCGCCUUGUGCCACUUGACGCUUCCGGAAAACUCGACGCGAGAGAAGUUCGUGGAACCGCUGGUGCCUUUCCGCUCGCUGAACUGCUGCCGUGCCCUCAACAUCGCCUUCAGUCGGCCCGACGUCCCACGGAGCCUCAUUGUGAGAAUCUCACCAUUCUGCGACACUCAACGGCGGUGGAACAGCAGCGCAGCUGGUGGCGCGACGUUGAUGCUGUACGCGGCGAACGAGUCCCGCAUCGCCUGUACCUACUGCGGGUUCAUGCAGCGCAAGAAUGACAGCUUCGAGUACCUGCCGAGUCUGAGUGGCGCGCACAUAAUCGUCAGCGUAAUAAAUAACACUCCGUACGUGGUUGUCGACAAGCGCGGCCUCGACGGCGAGUUCAUAUCACAGAUGGGCGUCGAAAUAUCCCUACUCGAGGCCAUCAGCCAGCGACUCAACUUCACGUACACGCUGAAUAUCGAUAGUCUCGAAUACGGAGCUCUGAAGAACGAUGCCUGGACAGGCUUAAUCGGGGACGUCCUGUACAGGAAAAGCCACCUUGCGCUCAGUGAGAUCAGCUUCACCCGGCAGCGCACGGAGGUUAUCUCGUACCUCUACCCAGUGCUGUACGACGUCCUCAGCUACGCCACGAGGGCGCCCACGGUCAUUCCAUUCGCCAUGGCCAUCAUCAAGCCUUUCACCAGCGUUUCGAUCUGGACCCUCCUAGUGAUCGCUGUGGCGACGUCAACCGCUUUUCUCUUCUGCUUGCGCUGGAGCCCCGCCAGCAGACCGCGUCGCCAUACGCCCGACUUCUGGUUUCUUAUUUCUACACUCAGCCGACAGAACCCGUGGGAAGAAGAGCAUGCGAGCGCCGGAUACCGCGUCUUUCUCGGUCCGUGGUGGCUGUUUGUGACGGUGUUGACAACACUGUACAGCGGCCGCCUUGUGGCCAUCAUGAGCGUGGCCGUGCACGACACUUGGAUCAACAACCUCGACGCCUUGGAAAAAGCGCUGGCCAGGCGCGAAGUGCGUGUCUGCACUCACAGCAGGACCAUCUUCAUCGAGUACAUUAAGGUAGCGACCAGCGGCGCUUUCCACCAAGUCCGUGUCAACCAAUUGGAAGGAGACAGUCGGGGACAGUCGGUACUUGUGAAUGACCGCAAAACGGGACUCGAGAGGGCGCUGUAUCAUAAAUACGUUUACGUGGACUCAAGAUUGUCCCUGCUGACUGGGCUGGCGCAAGUAGGCGAGCAAGAGGCACCGCUGCUGCGCGUUGUAAGAGACCACUUGGGCGUCGAAUAUUGCGGAUUCGUCUUCCAAAAGGGUUGUCCUCUCAAGCACACCUUCACCGCCAGAAGUCGCGCCCUGUUCGAGACUGGACACACACACCGCUGGAUGUCGGAUACACUCCGGUACACGUUGCCGGCGUACCUAGACCCGGACACCUUCGCCCACUACGACGCAGACGUGUGGAAGACGGCAAGCGACCAGGGGGCGCUUAACAUCAUAGACUUCGUCGGGCCUGCCUGGCUGUUGGCCGCUGGAUACGCCAUGGGGCUCUGCGCGCUCUUUUUGGAGCUCGUGGCGGUUAGGGCCAGGCGGAGAUGGCUGCGAAGACCCUGUUGGCUGCGCCGCCGGCGUGUCCGCUUUGGCUGUACGCCACAUCAAUGCGUGGGAGGCCGCAUUUCGAUGACUGGCUUAGCGGGAACGCGGCGUCUCGCCUGGAUGCACCAUGCGCGGCAAACAAGCCAUGCCUUGCAAGGGUGACGUAGGUGGUAGCAGGCAAUCGAUGCUGCGUACGCUAAUCGUUUUAACACUGAGUAAGGGAUAAUUAGGAGCUAAACGCAACAUCACUGAAGCAAAGUAAGAAAGGAAGAGCAUCGGUACAAUACGCGAUCGCAUGUCAGAACCCGCGUGCAGUGCACAGAAAGCUACGGCAGCUCAGCGCAAGAACAUUGCUCAGCCAUUCAGCUCAUAACAACGUAACAAGCGAUCGGCGUGUCUUCACGUAGAGAUCGCGCUGCGUAAUAUGGCUGCGUGACGUAUUGCUCUUUCCAAAGUUACUUCUAUGAGAUCGCGAAUUUGAAAGAAAUUAUGAAAUUAAGGAGGCCCUGCUGUCUCGCGUUUCUUGGCGUUAGCCUCAAAGCGGCACUGAAACACUUUCUUCAAGAAGCCACAUUUUAUUGGGGUCCCUUUGUAGCAGAAGCACCGAAAUUAACUUCAAGAAAAAUGUGAAAAUUGAAGAAAUCCUGUGAAUUAACACUAAACAUGAUUUUUCGUAUCUCUCUGUGGUGACACCCUGGGGUGGCGCCAUAAAGCAAGGCACAAGCCUUCGCGUGGUCGUUGUUAAGUAGGAGGGCGGCGAAAAUAAUAAUUUCUCAGGUUUUACUUACUAUGACCACGAUUUAGGAGCCAUGGUUCAUUAUUCUUUAUUGCUCACCCAAAUCUAAGUAGACGAGCUUGCAGCAUUUUCAGCUCCACCAAAAUGCUAGAGGCUCGACAUCCAAAGCAUGUACUCGGGCCAGCACCCUGCAGUGGACGAAAUGAAGGAAAGGCAGGAAGGUCAACCAAAGAGGGGCUCGGAACCCUACUCUGGGUUAAAGAGACUAAGGGAAGAAAAGAAAGAACAAAUACGGAAGAAGGUGCUCUCAAGGUGGAAUAUGCGUGCCUGUUCAUUACCCAGACAGCCUGGGAAAGCUGAGCGAGCAGCGAGGUCGAAAUUUGAGCGAGUAAUCCUUUUGUACUCCCGCUGGCAAACAGGACAACGAAAGGAGAGUAGAAAAGGACGCAAGAGUAUUGCGUCCCUGCAUCUUGGAGGCCCCACUGCUAAAUAUUUCUACUUUACUUGCAGCGCCUUUCCUAUUGCUGCGUUGUUAGAAUUAUUUACUGUACAGCAUGACGAUUACUAUGGCUACACACAAAAAUGACUGACAGCACGCGAUCACACGUUUUUCAUUCUUUUUUGUGCAUUAU